AUGACGGACAGCGGCAAGUGUGCGUUUGUUCUUGGGAUCGAGCUUUUGGACGGUGAAGAUGGCAGUGUGACACUAUAUCAGCGUCGGUAUGUCGAUGAUAUCCUCAAGCGCUUUGGCAUGGAUGAUUGCAAGGCAGUCGCAAGUCCAGUCGACAUGAGCUCUCGACUUGUUUCAAGUGAUGCAACUACCAAGGUCGAUGCUCCUUUUCGCGAAGCUGUUGGUGCGUUGAUGCACCUGACCACUGCAACGCGUCCGGACAUUGCGUUUGCUGUGGGCUAUGUGUCGCGGUUCAUGGAAAAUCCUAAAGAAGAACACUGGGUUGCAGUUAAGCGUAUCUUUCGCUACCUACAAGGCACCAAGACGCAUGGAAUUUGCUACAAGCCAAGUGCGAAGAUCGACUUUCGUGGCUAUUCAGAUGCAGACUGGGCCGGUGACCUUGCUGAUCGCAAAUCGACGUCCGGCUACGUCUUCAUGCUAUUGGGUGCUCCGGUGAGUUGGGGCAGCAAGAAACAGCCAAGUGUGUCACUGUCUACAAGCGAAGCGGAGUACAUCGCGCUCAGCCUGGCGAUCCAAGAAGGCAAGUGGAUCAAUCGCUUGCUGUGCGAGAUCAUGGCGGCUGCAAACGAAGAAGGACCCGAGCUCGUCAUCCGUGAAGACAACCAGUCGUGCAUCAAGAUGACGAAGAAUCCGGUCAACCACGGCCGCGCUAAACACAUCGACAUCAAGUACCAUCACAUCCGUGAUGAAGUCAAGCGCGGCGAAGUGAAGCUUGAAUACUGCGAGACGACGUUGAUGUUGGCGGACAUCAUGACGAAGGGACUUCACGGACCGCGUCACAAGGACUUGACGGCGGCGCUUGGCAUCCGUGCGUGUUCGGAUUGA